AUGGAAGCACGUAUCCAAGAAGCUCUUCGAUAUAUUGAGCAUUUUUCUGGUGCGAAGGUGACCACGGUUGCUCGGCAAUUCGGCGUACCACGCAAUCGAUUGCGAUGCCGCCUUGAAGGCCGUCGUCCCAAAGCAGGCAGACCAGCCACGAAUUUGAAGCUAUCGCGACCAGAAGAGGCGGCUUUGUGUCGUUACAUCGAUCGCCUUGAUAAUAUCAACCUUGCGGUACCCCCAGAGUUCGUCACCGAUGCGGCAAAUCACAUCUUGCAUCAGCGAUCUGGUCAAGCCGAUCUCGUUAUUGGUAGCAGGUGGACUUCUCGCUUUCUCAAACGUCACGGCUACUUCAAGAAGCUUCAAAAGAAGCUCCACUCAGAGCGUCAAGCCUCCGAAGACCUCACCCGCGUCAAUCAGUAUUUCCAGAGCCUCCACAAGGUCAUCCAAGAGAAGGGUAUACCCUCUGAAGAUAUCUGGAAUAUGGACGAGACCGGAUUUCGGAUCGGAGUUGGCAAAGAUCAAUUGGUCGUCACUAAACGAAAGAGAGCCCAUUAUUUUGGUAUCCCUGAGAACAGUGUUGAGACAUGGACCAAGACAUGUUUAGGCAGCACCUACAAGUGGUGA